AUGGUUUACACCCUGGUCGUCCACAUGAGAGCCGCCUCGGGCGAUUCAGCCGUGCUCCAAAAACUCAAGAACAAACUGAUCGAAGCUUCCCGAACAUACAGCAAGGACAAAGAGACGGUCUCAUGGUUCGUCAUGCAAUCGGUGCAUGACCCACGCGACUUUACCAUCGUCGAGCGCUAUGAAAAGGAAAGCAGCCAGAAGUACCACCUCGAAAACCCAUACUGGAAAACAUUCGACCCUUAUGUCAUUCCGUUGUUGGAAGGUGGAAAGAUGGACUUGAGGAGAUACGAGGAACUCGAUACCAGCAAGGAUGUCGUGGUCGAGUAA